AUGAUGGAAUCAAGAAUUAACACAAAUUCAAUCACAAAUUCCUUUGUUCUUGGGUUUCCAAGUAUGCUUACUCAUAAGAAAAAAAUUAAUAAAACAACUCCAAAUAGUUACAAAAGUGAUUUUCACCUUCCAGAAAUUUCAAAGAAAAAAAGUAGCACGAAUAUUGAUAGAUAUCACAAACAAAGGUCGUUUCCUAGUGAUGAAUUGGGAGAAAAAACUCUAUCAAGAACCUCUUCAAAUUCCACACAGCCAAAAGAAGUUUAUCUGCCAUAUAUUUACGCACAGUGCGGAAUAAGUGCAUUUCAGCCUGAAAUUAUCAAUAACUAUGAAAGACUAUUUUUAGAAAGAAAAAGCUCGUGCAUAAAUAUACUGAAAAUGGAAGGCACUCGAAGUUCUCAUUCAACGUACAUUAGGCAUAAAACUACAAUAAUAAAAACGUAA